AUGACCGACACGCUCCCUGCACGAGAGACGGCCGCCGACUCGCAACGGCUGCGCGACAUUACUGAGGGUCAGAUUCAGGACCACAACAUGGCUGCCGACGUAUUAUCACCGCGGAGCGAUCCGGGCUCUGCAGCACAGGCGGGUCCAAACCGCACUUCAUUGCCCCCGCUCGUCACUUCCCCGCCGUCCAAGGCCAGAUUGGAGCGCGCAAGUUCCUACAUAAACAAGCGCCUGUCCACCUUUUCAAACACUUCCAACACACAUCAGUCAGUACGCUCACGGCCGCAAUCGACUGCGUUUCCCGUUUUCCACUCGAGUCUGCCCUACUCGCUUGUCCGCGACUUCGCCUACGACCCACUACACCCACUGUUCUACGGGCCACUCCCAGAACAGCCGUCUGAUUUGUCUACACCAGCAAGUGAGCAUAGCAGAAGGCUCUCAGACCCGCCCCCAGUGGCAUGGCGCAGUGACCGAGGCGGUUGGUCUGCGGGGUCUUGGGACGAGAAUGGCGAGCAACUCCCGCAAACGUCAUACGACGGGGGUCCGCCUUACAGCGAGGACGAUGAUAUCUCGAGUCCGGUAGUUACCAGCCACCACGGCAUACGCCACAAGAAGCACAAGUCGAACAUUGUCAACUUUGACCAUACGCGCGGCCGGAAAGGGUACCCAGAAGAGCCCCGGCGGGGCUCAGUAGCGCCCAUGAACGGCGAGAGCAGCCACUUUCUUGGCGACGAUGCCGUCAACGGACCCGGUAGCGAGUACAUUACAUAUCCACCUGACUCUUCGCGACUAGGCGUACCAGAAGGCGCCUCUCGCCGGGACUCGCAUUUUGCAACAACCCUACCGCAACGUGCCUACGAAGAUGCCGAUGCCGACCUCGAGGGCCCGCCUUACGAUUCAGACGAUGAUCUAUCCGAACCUGAAGACUAUAUCCACGAUGACAACCGCUUCUCGCGCGACUAUCAGUUUACCAUUGCUUCGCCAGACGAGGAGAUGCACGGCAAGGCAGUUGCCUUGUUCGAUUUCGCCCGAGAGAACGACAACGAGCUACCUCUAGUAGAAGGCCAAGUGAUUCUGGUUUCAUACAGACAUGGUCAAGGUUGGCUCGUAGCCCAAGACCCCAAGACAGGUGAGAGUGGGCUAGUUCCCGAAGAAUAUGUGCGUCUACUACGCGAUAUUGAAGGGGGCCUAAACGGCUUAGUCGGUGCCAUCCAAUCGCAGCCCGUGCUACAGCCUCCAGAGGUCCACAACGGACCCGAGAGCUUGUUGAGCCCCAUCUCUGCUGGACCAGAAGCAAGGACACCCACGCAGGCCGACCACCCACAAAAUUACACUCCCGUCAUAUCAACCUUCUCCACAAGCCACAAGGACCUUGAAAAGUAUCCUACGGACAGGCUUGGCACGCCAACCACGACCGAAGGCGGCCCUUUCUCAAGAAACAGAGAGAGCGUACCAAUGGCAAUGGAAGGUGUCGAGACCACCCCCGAGCACCCGUCUCACGACCGCAAACCAUGA